AUGGGGGCGCCGAAGCAGCGCUGGACGCCGGAGGAAGAGGCCGCGCUCAAGGCCGGCGUCGCCAAGCACGGGCCCGGCAAGUGGCGCACCAUCCUCCGGGACUCAGACUUCAGCGAGCUCCUGCGCCUCCGCUCCAAUGUUGACCUCAAGGACAAGUGGCGCAACUUGAGCGUCACCGCAGGAGGUUACGGUUCUAGAGAGAAGGCAAGGAUGGCCUUGAAGAAAGGCAGGCGCAUGGUGCCUAAGCUUACUGCUGAGCCAAUGGAUACAGAUGGGAAGGAUAUGGACAACGCUCAUGACGCAGUCAUUGAAGCGGAACCGUUAGCAAUGGCUUUGGAGCCUUUGGCAAUUGAGGAAAGUCCAGAUAAGUCAGUUGCUAGGCUCGAUGAUCUCAUAUUAGAAGCUAUAAGGAAGCUUAACGAGCCUUCUGGGUCCAAUAAGGCAGCCAUUGCUGCAUAUAUUGAGGACCAAUACUGGCCACCUGCUGAUUUUCAACGCCUGCUAUCUACAAAAUUGAAGUCAUUGGUUAAUUCCGGAAAAUUAAUCAAGGUAAACCAAAAGUUCAGAAUUGCACCAAGUUCACCUCCCUCGGGUGGAAUAAGCACUAAGGUAUCCUCUGCUAAAGGGAUGGACACAGAAAAUAAUAAUGCUAAACGGCUAACUAAGCCUCAAGUGGUUGCUGAACUGGAGAAGAUGAAAGGCAUGACCAAGGAGGAGGCAGCUGCCUUUGCUGCCAAGGCAGUUGCCGAGGCAGAAGUAGCAAUAGCAGAAGCUGAGGAAGCAGCAAGAGUUGCAGAGGCUGCAGAAAAUGAUGCUGAAGCUGCAAAGGCUUUUCUCGAUGCUGUCACUCUAUCAAUGAGAAGCAGGAUUGCUGCUUCCAUGGUAUAG